UAACAUUCUUCGAAAAAAGUUUGUGUUUUGUUCAAGAUUUUUCGGCAUUUUAGUGUGUUUUUUUUCCAAAGUCCUCAUGGCUUUUUUUGACGAAGAGAUUCCGCUGAACCGCAAUGUGAGGAAUCCAAAUGAUAAGAUUGAGCUGUCAAGCAAAUUUCGAGCACCUCCAAGUGGGUUAACUUCGCAAGAAUUUCGGCUUUGCAAGCAGUUCGAGAAAAACAAUACUUGUCGAUUGGGUCCCCAGUGUGUUGAAGCCCAUGGAGUUGAAGAGUUAAACGAAUGGAUCACAUUUUGGAACACAUUGAAGGACAGAAUCAAUUCACAAUUAGAGAAUAAAACAGUAUGCAAGACAUUUCUUCAGAAAUUACAGUUUGAUACAAGUACAUCUGACAGAUCUGAGUGCAUGUUUGUUUCAAACUUGCCAUUUGUAGACUUGAAACUUGAAGAAAAUGUUAAUGUGACAUUGUCCACAAAACCAGCUGCUACUAGUUGGGUUAUAUAUCUGAAAUCUCAAGAAAGUUUGCAAAAUAUUGCUUUGUUAGAGGACAAUUACCGUGAAAAUUUUUUUAUUCAAAGUGUAUUCACAAGAGAAUCCAAUGUGAAAUAUGGGCACAUCACAAAAAGCCGACAAGAGUGGAAUAGCAUUAGUUCUGAAAACCCUGGCACCAUCAUCAUAACCAUCAAAUUCAAAUCAAACAUUUAUGGCUCCUUUAAUCAAGCAAUCAUUUUUGAUUUUGGAUGUAUUCCAUACUUGUCACUUCAUCUAAGAGUGGAUGUGUAUCCAGCAAAUGAAGGCUUUGAGCUUAGUAAAGAUGGAAAGCAAUUAGUUGUCUCUUCAGAAAAUCGGUGGACUGAUGACAAUGCUGACAUUUUUCGACUACCAUCAUCUAAUUUGGAAGAGCAUUGUCUGGAACUCCAAAAGAAAUACCCUCAAGCUGGUCAUAAGCUGAAAUUCCCUGCUGCUUUUGAAACGACAGUCCUAAACCAUGCCAAUUACAAAGAGCGAAUGCAUUUAUUGCUUUGUGUUGAAGAGCUUGCACAAGCACGAAUUCUCUCAAGCUUCAAUUUGACAGGCAAUGUUAUUUUGACUACAAACUACAUUCUGUCACCUGGUCCAUUGUCAACAGCUAAAUAUUGCAAUGGGGAAAACGAGCUAUUUGCCAAGUUGGAACUGUCUUACAACAUAUCAGAGGAUACACCAGCUGGCCGCUUGAUUCUUAACAAUUGCAAUGUGGCAUUGAUAUCCUUUGGAAUGGAUAGUCAAGGUAAACGAAGAGCGUAUGAAUGUGUUAUUGAGGAUAAAACCAAGGAUGCUAUCUACUUACGACUAAACGAAAAAUUGGUGACGGAUUUUCAAUUGAAACAUGGAUCCGAAUUUAGGGUACAAGCGCAGUUCCAGCUAAAUCGUGAUGUGUUUUGUGAGAAACAUUGGGCUAUAGAUCUUUGUACUACCAAAAUUCUUUUUCCCGAUGUAUCAGUGUCAUACAGCUUUGAGAGUCAAAUUCCUGAAAUGGUGACUAAAUUAAACAGCCAACAACAGCAAGCUGUGGCUGCUAUUUAUUCCAAUCCUCGAGAGAAAAGAGCGCCAAUCGUAAUAGCUGGGCCGUAUGGUACGGGAAAGACGUUCACAUUUGCACAGUGUAUCAAGGUUAUUAUGGAGCAGCCUGAUACGCGUGUACUAGUGUGUACGCAUUCGAAUAGUGCAGCCGAUUUAUACGUAAAGGAUUAUUUGCAUCCAAUGGUUCAAAGUGGAAUGACUCAUUAUCGCCCCUUAAGAAUAUUUUAUAAAGUCAGAUGGUUGGCAACAGUUCAUCAUUCUGUCAUAGAGUAUUCUUUGCGUGAAACCGAUCCCACUAAAGCCUGCAGUUUCCGUCUCCCGAAAUUAAGUGAGAUCGAGCAACAUCGCAUCGUCGUUACCACACUUGCAACAACGAGUUACCUUUUGCAAGCUGGCGUAAAGAAGGGCUAUUUCACUCAUAUCUUAAUUGAUGAAGCAGCUCAGUGCACCGAAUGUGAUGUCUUAAUCCCUCUCUCUUUGGCUGAUGAACGCACUCGGAUCGCUCUCGCAGGUGAUCACAUGCAAUUGAGCCCAGAAAUCUUCUCACAAGUAGCUCGGGAGCAACAAUUUCAGGUUUCUUUGUUGGAACGGUUAUAUGAUCGCUAUCCUCAAGAUUUCCCGUGCCGAAUACUUCUUUGUGAAAACUACCGAUCGCACUUUGCGAUUGUUAAAUUCACCUCUGAACUUUUCUAUGACAACCGUUUAAAAAGUAUUGGGAAGAACGAGCAGCAUGCCGAAUUUUACCCGCUUACGUUUCGGGGGGCUAAAGGCGAAGAUGUACAGGACCCUAACAGCACAUCAAUUUACAACAUGGCCGAAAUUUAUGAAAUCGGUGAAGUGGUGAAAAAAUUGCAAGACACAUGGCCUCACGAGAGCUGGGGUUCUUUUGACGAGAACUCCGUCGGGAUCGUAAGCCCAUAUUCAGAUCAGGUAUCCCGGAUACGCGUGCAUCUUCGUCACAGGAAACUCUUUGGCGUCAACGUGGAGAGAGUUUUAAAUGUUCAAGGUAAACAAUUCCGCGUCAUAAUAUUGAGCACUGUGCGGACACGCAAUACCUGCGUCAAUGAAGAGAAAGAACGGAAACGUCGAAAAUGCCAUUUUCUGCAAGCUGGGAAAGACGAUCAUGAAACUGAAGAAGAAGAGGAAAACGAAGAAGACGAGGAAGCUCAGUUUGGCUUCUUGUCAUCAGCUCGCCUCAUGAAUACAGCCGUGACACGAGCACGCAGCUUGGUCAUAGUUGUUGGAGAUCCCCUAGCUCUGUGCUCGAUUGGGAAAUGCAGGAAAUUGUGGCAACGAUUUAUUGAAGCGUGCCGGGAUCAAAAUUCACUCUUCGGAAUAUCGUGGAUGCAAUUGCGUUCACACCUUGACGCCCUUGAAAUGAAGAAACUUUAUGGACUGAAUCCAAUGGCGCCAGAAUUUGUGCCUAAAGUAAUACGUGCUGGGCAGUCAUCUCGAGCGGCUGGCUCAUCGUAUUCCCCAAGCUUAAUUAUGUCGACACAGCAGUACCCCAUCGGAUUGCCUCCUUUCUGUUUGCCACCCCCAUCUACUGCUUCGGCAACUGCUGGCAUUCCGCCUUUCCCACCACCACCUUUUUAUCAACAACAGCGGUUUAAUCCGUGUAGCCCACAUCGUCAAUCUCAGUUGAAUCAUUCUCUAGCAGCUCAGCCGCACAAACCCAGGCCUCGCAUUCUUCCGUUCAGUACGAAAUCACCCAACUAUAGUAAUCCACAUCUGCCUGCACCGAUUGUUCCCCCGCCGGUGGCCAACCAUUCGUUUGGCAACUUUGCUACGGCGUCCAAUGCAACGUUCUCACAGCUCAAUACCUCCUUCCAGAAUCUGCAUAUGUCACCAAGGUUUUCGACGAGUGCACACAGCCAGCAAUUGCAUGAAAUGAACCUAUUCCGUGGCUUCGACAUUUCGUAUACUGGUCCCCUGAACCGCGAUGAUUCCAUCGAAGUUGGUGGGACUGCACACAGAGCUAUCUCCAAACCACUAACCGUCCAACAGCUGGAGGCUGCCUUGUUGAAAGAGACACAAAUGUCGUCUAAGAUGGAGUCUUGGCCAGUAUCACCUGGCAAUGAAUCUAUUUGGACACCUCUCAGCGGUCCAUCGCUUUGGGACGGUGCGGUUUUCUCUAAGGAGGAAGAGAUCAAGAACGACACGGUACCCCUAUACUUACGCACGUCAAAUAGCAACAGCCAAAUGUCAGACGACGAAAUGGAUAUGUUGGUCAAUUCUUUUGUAAAGCCUGAAGAAGUCGAUUCAGAUGAUGGAGACAUCCCGUUGUGGGCGGACGUAAACUUAGAACCGAACGAGGAUAUCGAGGUCAAAACGCUUCAAUUUGAAGAAUCGGUCCUCCGCUCACUCCGGAAAGAGAAUCUGAUUGAAUAAUUUGUGUGUCUUACAAAUCCCUUAUUUUAUCCCUGAAUGUUUUCUAUCUGGACUUGUCAAUCAAAUGGAGGCAUACCCAGCCUGUAAUGUAAAGAUUAAUAA